AGGUCGCGCGCACGAAGAGCACGAGCGCCGCUGCGGUGAUCGUGCCGCGCGCUCCAGUCUCAGCAGCAGGAGGAGCGUAUAAUCCUCUCGUUUAAUGUUGACAGCGACGCGACACGAGCGAUUUUAACAAUUCUAUGCAGGAAAUCGGACACUGGGACGCAUAUUUGAGCAGAGCCCGUGUGUGUUUAAACGCACGGGGUGUCUAGAGACGGAUGAGCGGCUGUCAGGCCGAACGCCGUCGGAUGGGAUUCCCGGUCUAGAUGGAGAGUAACGUUAACCGAGCGAGCGGAGAAGCGUCGCUGCUGUAAAUAAUUCAACAUCGGCGUGAUCAACAAAAAUGCAUCUGCACCAGGUGCUGACGGGAGCCGUUAACCCGGGGGACUGCUGCUACUCCGUGGGAAGCGUCCACGACAUCCCGUUCACGGCCUAUGGCUCAGGCUGUGAUAUCGUGAUCCUUGCAAGUGAUUUUGAGUGUGUUCAAAUUAUUCCUGGAGCUCAGAAUGGAAACAUCCAGGUGGGCUGUGUGGAGUGCUCUCAGCAGCUCGGCCGGAUUGCUGCCUCUUAUGGAAAUACCGUUUGUAUUUUUGAACCGAUUGCUUCCAACCCAAACAAACGUCACAAGAAUAAAAUGAGAGAUUUCGGUUAA